UCGAAGUUGAUAGUCCUACCUGUAUAUUAGAGGACUUGUAUAUAUAGUCUACAGUGGUGUUAAAAAGUGUUCCUAUUUCUUUUACAUGUUCGUCACUCUCCGGUGUUUCAGAACAUCAAAGCCAAUCUAGAUAUUAGUCGAAGACGACUCAAGGUUGUUUUUUGUUCCAUAGUUUUACGUCGAAGCUUAAACCUUUUGAACAGUGAGUCGUGUUUGCUGUGAAAGCUGUUCGGUUCUGCUCUGGUGUUGGCCGGGGCCGACAAGGAAGCGGGGCCGGGCGUGUCCUGUCCACUCACAGGGGUUUGAACUCUCAGACGUCGAAGAGAGGAAGCGUGUUUGAAAAACAAAGCGAGGAACACAGAGGUAAGCUGCGGGAGCGGAAUACAAAGUUACCGACGGUUUGUUUGACGAUAUAACUCGGUUAGCUUCCGAUUAUCGGAGUGCAGGAUAAAACACCGGAACCGUGUUCAGAUUUACACAAGUUUGGGGUCGUGUUCUUAGAGAAAACCCCAUUAGAUGCAGCAUACAUUACCUACUUCCUUCUUUUCUAAGUACAUUUUUUCUAUGUUGCUGCACUGAACCGAAACAGCAAAUCUCGUUUUACGUGCAAAGCUGUGCGAUGUAUAUUUAAUGUCGGGCAGUGCAGGGGAAAAAAAUCCAUACAUAUGUAAUAGGGUUUUAUUUUAACUAUGUUAUAGAUGUGAAGUUUGUCAAAAUAGGGUUUUUUUUAGUCAAAAAUGAUUUUCUCCUGACAUUUAUUGCUGUGUAAGUUAUUUUAUGUUGCUUUUUACGGUUCCAGGACAAUGUUGAAAAGCCCGCCAGCAAGUCCACUGGUUAUGUUCUGAUAAAAAAAAAAGAAGGUUAAUAUCUGAACUUAAUUCUGAUUAAAGUUAGGCUACAGCUUCUCAAACAGGCCCUUUAUGCUAGAAGCUCUUCAGUGUUUUGGGAUUAAAACAACUCUGCAAAGAAUACUGGGUAAAACCUUCAAGUUAUCUCUUUCUGAUCUUAAAAUGACUUUGGUCUAAAUCAUGUAACAAAAAUGGGGAAAAAAGUCAGUAAAGGGGACAAACACUUUUUCAUAACCCUGUAUAAAAUCUCCAAACGGAGGCUUCCUGAUGAGAUGCUUAAAGCUGCGUUACUCUUUUGGAUGGAGAAAAAGCAUCAGUUCCCCCUAGUAGCUCCCCACAGGUGAUGGAUGGUAUACGUGUUUUUGUACUCUGAAAUGUCACCUGGGUAUAUUUUGACUGAAUAUUGUUUUUAUUGUAUGGUCACAUUUCUGGCAACAGCUUUAAAAGUGUGUAACCACCUGUAUUUCAGUCCAACUUCAUAACAGGAAUUUCAAACUUAAAGGUAACAGAGUAUUGUCUAACACUGACCACCUUAUGGAGGAAACAUGUUUCUGUUGCCUGUCUCUGUCUUGUUUGUUGUUGCUCAGAACCAUAGGGGAAGGUCGUGACAGUAACAAACCGGUAAAUGGAAAUUCUCACAUAUCUGGCUUUGCACUUUUUUCACUAGUGAAUCACGAACGAUCUGAUUUUUUUUUUUUUUUUUACCCCUCCAAGGGUUCUUUUGUGGACCCUAGUGUCCCAGGAAAGGACAUGCGGCAAGUAUCAUCGGGUCUGGGAGUCGAACCCGCAACGGCCACAUCGAGGACUCAAGCUCAUUUGGGACAUUCUUCACAUGGUUUGGCUCGUGGACAUUGGCUGAGAGCUGCAUUAACAGUUCUAAUGGACAACAGGAGACGACUGAAGGACAUCUUCAUCUGCGUUUUGGUAGGAGUGACAGUGGUCAUCAUUUACCUUACUUCUGGAUACAAGCCUGAUCACUUGUAUGGACCAGCAAACAAAAAGUCCAAUGCCACGGCCUCUUCGCUGCCUGAGCCAAAGUGGGAGGACCCAGGCCCGUACCAUGUGGCCUACCCACGGAAGUACAGAUUCGUCAUGGAUAACUCUCCAACGUGCAAGACCGCCACUCCGUUCCUGAUCUUGAUGGUUCCUGUUGCUCCUGCCAAUUUGGAAGGUCGGGACACCAUCCGAAGGACGUGGGGGGGUAAGAAAAUGGUCCUCGGUCGGCUGGUUGAGACCGUCUUCAUAGUGGGGCUACCUGGAGGGGUUGAUGCCAACCAGCAGCAGGCGAGACUGAAACAGGAGAGCGAGCGGUAUCGUGAUCUCAUCCAGAGUAACUUCCAGGACAGCUACCGCAACUUGACCAUCAAGACCAUGGUCAUGCUGGAGUGGCUGGCUCAGCACUGCGCCAAGGCCAGCUUUAUGAUAAAAAUCGACUCGGAUAUGUUACUGCAUGUUGAUAAUUUGGUUGCAUUGUUACUUGACCCGGAGACGCCUAAGGAAAACUACAUGUCGGGUUUGGUUUGGUGGCACAGCCCAGUUUCAAGAAACCCUUUCAACAAGUUCUACAUGCCAAGCCAUGUGAUCGCCGAGCCGGUGUACCCCCCCUACCCUCUGGGCAUGGCUUACGUCAUGUCUCUGGAUCUACCCAAGAAGAUCCUGAGCGUCUCGCCUCACAUCAAACCCAUCUACAUUGAAGACGCAUACCUGGGCUUGUGCCUGAAUCGUUUGGGUGUCUCUCCUACCAACCCUCCUGAUCAGAGGAUGUUUCAGGUCAUCCCCAGGCAUCCUCUGAGCAGAUGCAAUCUCUCCAAAGUGAUCGCCACGACUACGACGAGCAUGUCACAAAUGCAAAUCUACUGGCAGAGGAUCGUGCAGGGAGUUCACUGCUGAGCCUGAUUUGAAUAUUGAUUAUUUUUGGAUGGUUUGGCAAAGUUUCUGGUUCAUUCUGGUUCACAGAAAGAAGCUAUAAUCCUAUCCCCAUGGGAUAAGCAUUAUGUGGAAGGUCACAAACAGAGGAAUGGUAUUCUUACCAUUACAAUAAUUUUACUCUUCGGCCUUUUCUUUUUGAUGCUGUACGUUACAGGUCGACAGGGAUUUGCUGGCUCGGAGGCUGCGUUGGCUUGCAACGCAGCCUCCGUUCUUAGCUUUUGGCUAAAGAAUGCAUUUUUUAGCCAAAUGCAUUCCUAUGGCCAUAAGAAUGUAGCCAGGAAAACAAAAACGUCUAAUAACAUUUUGGAUCCCACCCAUUUCUGUCCAUGUUUUUUUUCCCGUUGAUUUGCACAGGAUUAACAAAGCAGGCAAUCCAUGUAAUUAUUACAAAUAGCAUUGGUCCAUAAGUAAAACUAAUCCCAUGUGAAAAGGGCUUAAUGUUGUUUUAAAUUAUUUUACUAGGCUUUGAAGUAAGUUUUUUUUUUUAAACUUAUGUAUAGAGAGCAGUCAUUCUUCUGUGCACACAAAUAUUUUUACAUUCAGUUUGUAUUUGGCUGCUAUCUGUGUAGAGUUUUGAACUUUCUUCCCUUUGGAGGCAUAGAUUUUUUUCAGUGUAUUCCAGGUUACUAAAAACCAUGCACGUUAAGCUGCAGUAACAGAUUAUGGAGGCCCAAAUAUAAACUUACAAACUCUGCAGUUGGUUUUGAAUGUGGACAAGACAAAAGCAAUGAUUUUCUCACCUGCUAGAAAACUACCAGAAACCUCCCUAUUGCUUACCACUGCUGCAGGAGCACAAAUCGAGUUUGUCAGUAAUUAUAAAUAUCUUGGUUUUAUUCUAGAUAAUGAACUCUCUUUUAAAAAUCACAUAGCAAAUCUACUACGGACAUUGAAAAUGAAGAUUGGGUUUUAUUAUCCAAAUGGAUCUUGUUUUACACGCAAAGCUAGAAGAAAAUUGGUAGCAGCGACAUUCCUGCCACUUUUGGAUUAUGGAGAUGUUUUAUAUAUGAAUGCUUCGACCAAAUGCCUUCAACCAUUAAAUACUGUGCAUCAUUGCGCUUUAAGAUUUAUGACCGGUAGUCGACGUUUGACACAUCACUGUGAUUUGUACGCAAAAGCUGAAUGGCCUCCUUUAAGUGUACGGAGAAACAAUCAUUUAAUGAUCCUGAUAUAUAAAUCUUUACUCAGUCAAACCCCAGCAUAUUUAUCCACUCUCCUACAUAGAACUGUCAGUUCUCGUUCUCUACGCUCCAAUAACAUUAUUCUUCUGCAUGUCCCACGCUUUCAAACUGAAAAAGGGAAGCAGGCAUUCAGUGUGUUUUGCCCCCACA